UGGAUCUUCUGUCUAAUCCCUAGUAGCAGUAGAGGUUUUCAAGCUGAAAGGCUAGUCCCGACGUAUGAAGGGAUAUCAACGUCAAUAGCACGCAAAGCCAAACUAAAUUUAUAGUAUUUGCCAUGUAAAACAUGGGCUAAAAGAGAGUCUGGUUAUAUCAAUCUCCACAAUGAUUUUGUCAACAAGGCUAGAUUAGACUCAUCUAUCAUUCUGAAACCAAUGUCUGCCUCUUCUCUUGAUAAUAGUUUUUCCAUUUUGCCCAAUAAAUUACAUUUAUGGGGGUUUGAACUCCACCAGAAUCGUGCAGUAGCACUCACAAGGUAUUCGCAGAUCUCCAAUUGAAGUAAAAAACUAAACAUGACAUAAGACGGAAAAGCUAAUAGUAUAGAUUUAACUAGCACUUCUUUUUCACCUUGUGAUACCCAUCUCUCCGUUUAUCCAUUUACUAUGUUUUGUAGUCUGCAUGGAAUACCUAGGUAUGAAUCCAUUCCUCUUUUUUUAUUUUGGAUUCAAAGAGUGUCCUUAAUUAAUUGACUUACAAUUACAGGUACUCUCUUGCCAAAGAGUAAGGAUGAUUUAUCAAAGUUUAUAUAUUGAUCUGAUGCUUUUCCAUAUUUCCUCAUUACUUUCAUAACUUCUUCAAGUUCACGAGCUCCGCCUUAUAAAAGAAAGGCUAACGCGUGAAACACACAUCCCGUUAUCUUCCUUUGGUUCUUUGCAAGAUUAAGAAGGAUAACGAAUGCUUCCAUUUAAAGAAUAAAUAUGAAAUGAGACAAAGAAUCUCCUUAAUGUAAUUUUUUUUUCAAAAGUAAUGGUCUCUCUUUGUUACGCUUUCAUGAAUACCUUAUAAGAGUAAUGUUCUCUCUAUGUUACGUUUUCAUGAAUACCUUAUAGUUAGUUAACGUUAUAUAUUGUAUAAUCCAAUCGAUAUAAGUGGACGAGAAUCUCAAUUUCUGCAUUAGCGCUUAAUAAAGUCCCACUUCAUAUGGUCAUAAGCUUUAUAAUGGUUAUACGGUAAUUUAAAAACUACUUUAUACGGAAGAAGAUGGGGAAGCAAAACUCUGUCUCAGUUUGUGGGUUUUGUGUGCGGUCGUGUUCUCCUUGUAUCUCUUUUCUGAGAGUCGAGGCAUCUUGGUGGCGAUCUGAGUAGUGUAGCGGUGGGCGAUGUUGUAGCGGCUUGUCUCGAGGCGUCUUGGAUGGGCAGUUCUCCUCGUCCUCUCUUAAGGUAACGCUGGAGAUUCCAUGACUCGGUGGCGUGUGCAGAAUCUGGUCUUCUACUUUGUGGUGGUAACUGUGGUCUGAUGUCCAUGUUUGGAGGUGUGGGAAGCUUCAGAUUCGUCUAGUCGUCUAUGGCUGUGGUGAAUCGUUGCUCAUCAACCUUCUUGCCUUAUUUUGCUCUCUACCUAAAGUUCUUUGUCUUCUCUCUCUACCGGAAGCAACAACUUUCAUUUGAGGGCUUGAUUCGGGUUCUUCAUCUUCAUGGCUUCUCUAUUUUGCCACCAGAAUUGCGUUUAACUGUCACAUCAUGGACCCUUCUUCGGUUAUCAGAGAUGGGCAUUUGGCAUUGGAGUUUGAGAAGUCGGUCUAUCUCUGAUUCGUGUAUAUCCGAUGAUGGCUCUUUAUGAUUGGGUAAUGCAUCCCAGCAUCGGUAAUGCAUCCCAGCAUCAAUGUUUAUCCUUGAUAAAUGGAGGUGGUGUUGAUCGUUCCUUAUUGUGCAUGUUAUGAAUCAUUCAAGACAUUAAAGUUGAUGGUAUCUCAAAUCCGACUUCUGUAAGUAUGGUGUUCUUGUCUUAUAUAUUAAGUGUCUACAGUUGCUUAAGCUAAGAAGAGAGUGGGAUGCGAGAGCUCCCUCCCGGAUUAACCUGGUGAGGUGGUGAUGAUGGAAUGCUCCGGAGUUGCGCCCACAACUUAGAUGUAUGACCGAUGAUUUAAUGCUACUAAAUUAAUGGAUUAUGGUUGUACUGAAUUUUGCUCUCUUAGCUUGUAUGUAAUUGUAAUGAUGCCCAUUUGAGAUAUUAAUGAAAUUUUGCUCUCUUAAAUGUAGUAUUUAUACAAUAGUUUAUUAUUAUUAUUAUUAUUAUUUUAAAAGAAAAAUACUAAUAAUAAUAACCUACGUAUAAAUACUACAUUUAAGGUAUUAUUGUUCGUGUCAUUACAUAUCAAAGUAAGGAAAGCCAAGAUAUGAAGUGGGAUAAUUAUGUUCCAUAAUCUUUUCACUUUUCAAAAAAUGUAAUUAUUAUUAUGUUACAUAAUUAAUAAAAGUAACAAGAGCACAGUGUGACAGAUACACAUUGUACCCUAAAGUUGUAACUCUUUAAAAAAAAAAAAAAAAGUUGUAACUCUUUCUCUUUAAAAAUUAUCUUCUUGAGAAUCUCUCUCACUCUCGUUUAUGAAACCAUUACAAAGGCACACUGUUGUAUUUCUUUCGAUUGUGCAUCCCACGUGACGUCCCCGGUCCCCCACUUCCUUUUCAGCCAUACAGCUUUCAGUUUCUAAAUUAAAUAUCUUGUUAAAAAUUAGGAAUUUAUUUCAUCGAUAAUGAAAUAAAUUUCUGUAAGUUUUUACUAUGGAAAAUAUAAAAUUUUACGGAUUUGAUAUCAUAUUAAUUAAUAUAUAGAGUGAUCUACAAGACUACAACUACUCUAUAUUGUAUUUGUUUUAUUUAUAUGUGAAAUUUCGUUAUAAAAAAGAAAUUUUAUUUUUGGUAAAACAUAUUUUCUUCAUCUAUUAAAAUGAGAAACAAAUAGGCAAGUAGCUAUCCGAAAUUCUGGUUUAGGUUUGAUAUAUUUCUAUAAGUUCUGGAGGUUAGUUUUUUUUUUUUUCUUUUUGGAGGUUAGUUCAUUGCAUCUCUUUUGAAUAUCUUGAAUAUCGUACCAUUCUCAUCAUUUUAAUACGUUUCUACAUUCAAAAAUUUUGUGAGCUAAGUUUAAUAAAAUGGAUAAAAGAACAGUAAACUCAUAUGAGCUAAAGAAUCUACAUGUGUUCGAUUUAUAUGAUUGUCAUGAAAAAUAUAAAAAUAAAAGGACUAUCAAUAUCAUUUAUGUCAAGUUCUUCUGAAUUGUUACAAUCAACAGCUAAGUGUAAUUGUCAUCAUAUAUCAACCAGAUAUUUUUCCCGUUUUAUAUAUGUGUAUUUAUAAUCUGUUUAAACGAAGAAUUUACAAAAUAAGUAAGUUUGAAAUAGAAAUUAACUACAGACCAUUGAUUUUGACAAAAUAAAGUAUCUAACAAUUAAGUUUGAUCUAAGCUCGCUUUAUCUCUUAGGCGUAUAAGUAACCGGUGAAGGAAACAUAGUGAGAUGACAUUGACAACAUCAUGUAUGACCAUUACUUACCACGAACUGUAAUCUUAUGAGAGAAAACACAUCUUCCACGUCACAUACUUAAUAACCGCAAACGUUCACUGUGUUCAAUAAAUAUGUAGACAAAAUAUGAACAUUCUUACAACAAAUGGUGUACUCCAUUUACUUUUCACAGUCAAACCAGAGUGUUAUAUUUCAUAUUAACAAAAUAGCAUAAAACACCAAUUUCAUAUCAACCCAAAAUAAUAAAACAUAUCCCAAUCCCAUCCACAACCCCUACCGGUCCGUUUAAGAUGGUAUGGGUCAGUACCGGAUCUUUAGAAAAAAACGAAUGGGCCUGAAUGUUUGAUAAUGUCGGGUGUCGGGUCAGAUCGGAUAUAACCCGAGAGACCGAAUGGUUACACCCGAAACCCGGCCCUGGUUAACCCUACUCCCCUUUUUCCCUAUCGAGAUCGAAUUUUGAUUUCUCUUGAUCUUCAAGGGGAGAAUUCAUGAAACCUUUCCUAAAUCACGAUCUCCCAAGAUAUCCUCACCGCAAUUAUUUCCUAACUCCAAUUAUCGGAUAUCUCCAACUGUUUUCGCACAUCGUAUCUGAUUCUCUUCCUCGAUUUAAAACCGAAACCCAGAUCCUAUAAAUACUUCUCCUAUCAUCAUCGUCUCCUCCAUCACAGAACUCAAGUAAUCAAGCAGAGGUACUCCUCUUUUUACAUAUACUCGAUGCUUGUUUCAUUUUCUUUUUGCUUUCGGGUUUUUGGGUUUUGGUAUAAUUUUUAAGAUAUAAAAUCUUAUGUUUUGUUUCGUAUUAAUUAAGCAUCACGAGUAGUCAUAGGUUCUUUUACAUUAACUAGCUGCCUUGUGCAAUAAUUUCAUCACGAAUAAACAUACUAUAUGUUCAAGAAAAACAAAAUUCUAAAUGUAGCAAUGAGCUGUUUUGUUUUAUGGAUACUAUAUGUUUUGCUUUUGUUUCGUACAUGUUGAUGUUUGUUCUUGAGCUAUGAGCUGAGUGUUUUGUAAGAAACUAAUAACUUGAAUCGUUUCUUUGGAUUUUACUGAUGGUAAUUUUUUUCUCAUUCUCUUGCAGAUGGUUGCUGUAUCCUCCAAAAUUCCACACACUGUUGAAGAAACCAUGGAUGUUGAAGCUCAAGUUGAAAGAGAAGAGUACCAACGUACUCAAAAACGAGGGAAGGCCAUCGAUGGAGAUGCAACUUCUGGUGUAUCUUCUCAAUCAAAGAAGGUGAUGAAAGUCGUUGUGCCAAGGUCUGGUGUCUGAAAGAAUUUUACCUGAACCAAAGAAAGUCGUGACAGAUGCAUCUGCCACUAUUAUCGGAAGAUCUUCUCAUGCGCUACCAAAUCAGGAACAUCAAACCUCCAGAAGCAUUUGUCCAUCUGCAAAGAGUACCAAACAUGGUUAACCAGUCAAGGAACGAAUCAGAUAGAGAUCAACACUGAUGGCAAUCUGAAGUCAUCAAAAGUUGCAGAGGCUGUUUUCAGAGAGGCAUCGAAUGAGUUGAUUGUGCUAGUAGAACUGCCUCUUUCAUUUAUUGAAAGCACUGCUUGAAAACACUUAUGCAGAAAGGUAAUCCAUUUAAUAAACCCUUACCUUUUUAUCUUCUUUUUACAUGUAACAUUACUAAUACGUUUGUUAUUAACACUUGCAAGGUAAACCUUUACAAACCCCACUCAAGAAAGACUGCAACUAGAGACAUCGUUGAGAUGUAUGUGACGAAGAAAGCAGCUUUGAAAAACAUGCUUCACACAACAAAACAAAGAGUGUCACUUACAACUGACAUAUGAGUUUCACAUGUCACAGGUAACUUAUCUACAACUUUUACUUCUUUGUUUUACUUAUCAUAUUCGUUGUUCUACGCAUCUGAUAUAUUUUUAAAAUUAUUUUUUUUUAAUUUCUAAAGUCUGAUUUUUUUUGUUUAAUUUGUAACAGGUGCAAGUUACAUGGUGAUAAUUGCCCACUUCGUUGACGCAGCUUGGCAGCUGAAGAAGCUUAUCAUGGGCUUCAAGUAUGUGAUGGACCAUAAAGGUCAGACUAUCGUAAUUGUCCUCUUGGAGUGUUUAGUUGAAUGGGGCAUUGAAACGGUAUUUUGAAUCACGGAAGACAAUGCAACUGCGAAUACUUCUGCCAUUAGGAGAUUCCAUAGUGAUUUUAGUGAUGUUUCCCCUGAGGCAUUAGUUCUAGAUGGGAAUUUCUUGCACAUGAGGUGAUAUGCUCACAUCAUUAAUUUAAUUGCUAAGGAGGAUUUGACCGAGGUAGGGGAAAAUGUGUUAGCCAUUAGGAAAGCUAUACAAUAUGUUCGUUCUUCAACACCUAGGCUUAAUGCAUUUGAUCUUAGAUUCACCACUGAGAGAAUGAGCCGGGGUAGCUUACAUAUGGAUAUUAAGACUAGAUGGAACUCAACCUUCCUUAUCAUGUCUAGGGCUCUUCAGUUUAAAGAUGCAUUUGAUAGGAUGGAGGCAGAAGAUAGGUUGUAUAAUGAUUAUUUUUUGGAGAUGGAAAAUGGGGUUAAGAGGUGUGGACCGCCUUCUUUGAGAGACAGGAGUGUUGUUGAGAAGCUUAAGAGGUUUCUGAUAAUCUUUUACAACAACACUUUGGUUGUUUCUGCCUCAUCGAAGGUGAACUCUUACAAGUGCUACUGUGAGAUAGUGACUAUAGAAAGAAACCUCACUGCACUGGCCAACAGCUUCAAUCCUGAGUUGUGUGUGAAAGCAUCGGAGAUGUUGCAGAAGUUUCUCAAAUACUGGAAUGUAUGAAGACUGUCAACAGGAUGCUGAUCUUAGCCACGGUUUUUGAUCCAAGGAAAAAUAUGCAAUUUGCAAAGCUGUGCUUUGAGAAGUUCUAUGAAAAUGAAAGCUUGGAGUCUAAAGCAAUGCUGGAAUCUGUUGGUGAUCUUCUCAGGUCUAUGUUGAAGGAGUACAACACACGUUUCAGAGGGUCUACUGGACAAGCCUCUCAGUCAAAUCACGCAUCAUCAUCUCAGCCUCCUCCAGAGACGCAAGAUCAAGGCACAGAUAGAAUGGAGCUGGUGGUUGAAGAUUUUGGUUAUGAAAGGAUGAAUUGUGUGUACAAGGAGCUGGUUGUUGAAACGGAAGAUUUUACAAGGGAUGAACUUGAAAUGUACUUGAAGGAGGCAGUUGAAACUCCAAAGCUCUUGGUUGGUAUUGAGUUCGAAAUUCUCUCUUGGUGGAAGGUUCACAAGAUGAAGUAUCAUGUGCUUGCUGAAAUGGCAAGAGAUCUCCUCGCCAUGCAAGUUUUAUCAGUGGCAUCUGAAAGUGCUUUUAGCACAAGUGGUAGGAUCUUGGAGCCAUAUCGAAGUUGUCAACCUCAUUACAUGAUACAAGUUCUCAUGUGCACUGAGCAAUCGAUGCAUGCUGACAACAAGGUGAGUGAACAAGUCACUACAAAUGAGAAGAUGCUUGCUGAUGUGGAGUUCCUUGAUCGACUUCAUAAAGGUCUGUGUAUCUUUUCACUUACUUUUUUUUACUAUAUUUCGUACUUUAUGUGUUUAUGCUACCUCGUGUCUUAUACUUUUUUUUUCUGUUGCAGAGUUUCAAGCCCAUUGGCUUGAUGACUGAAGCUUCAAAGUCGAAGCAUGAAGUAAAAGAAGGCGGGUGAAGGUUGAAGCAUGGAGCUUGAAGUUUUCUGCAUUUGGUUUUUAUAUCUUUGAAGUUUGAAUAAUGUUUCUCAUUUUGGUUUUAAGAAUUUGGUUAUGGCUUUAGAUUUGUUUGAAUUCUCUGAGUUGUUAAGUUUCUCACUUUACUAUCAAUAAUAAAGAUGCUUUCGUUUUAAAUAUGUCUUGCCUUAAGGGUUAUGAGGAUUCUGAAUGCUUUUUUCUGUGUUUUUGUACUUACUUGCAUUGCAAAUUACAAAAUUAUUUUGUUUUAUAAUGGUUACAUUCGCUACAAAUGGUACAUUUAAGAACCGAAAUACAUAUGGACACCCGAUACCAAAAGUAUUCCGGGUUAUACCGGUUCCACGCCAGUCUACAAACCCCGACCCGAACCGUAUAUCCCCCGAACCGAUCUUCAAAUUUAUCUGAAUGGGGUUUCUUUUUGUUAACCAUGGAAACCCGACCCCGAUUAGGAUGGAACCGACACCUGAAUGGUACACCGGUUGUCCAGCCCUAAAUGAUGACAUAACAUCAACCUCACCAUCCAAAUACUAAAUACUAAAUCCUAAACCUUAAACUUCAAUCACUAAACCCUAAACUCAAAUAUAACUCAUAAAUAUAAAUAUAAACUUUAAACCCGAAUAGAAUGAAAAAAAUAAAUAGUAUAGUACAUAUUGGUAAAAUUAUAAAAUGUAUAUAUUUGCAUGUAAGAAGUUAUGUUGACUCUAACCUCAACCCCAAAUUCCAAAUACUAAACCCUAAACCAAAAUAUAAACCCACCCUAAUCACUAAACCCUAAACCCAAAUAUAAAUCAUAAAUACAAAUAUAAACCCUAAACAAAAAUAGAAUAGAACAAAAUAAAUAGUACAAUUCAUAUUGGUGAAAUUAUAAAAUGCCUAUGCUUGCAUGUAAGAAGUUAUAUUGACCUCAACCUCAAGUCCCACCUUUCAAAUGUUAAACCCUAAAUCCAAAUUUAAACCCUAAAUCCAAAUUUAAACCCUAAACCUUAAUCACUGAACCCUAAACCCAAAGUUAAACUCUAAACCCAAAUAUCAAAAUCUUAAAAUAGUGCAUAAUAUUAUGUAAUUUUAAACUAUAUUAUGUAAUAUUAAACUAUACGAUAUAGAUCAUUUAUUGCAAUAAUCUACUUUUAAAUCUAAAAUAGAAUCAUUAUAAAUAGAACAAUUGAAAUUUGUGUGAAGUUUACAUUUGUAUGGGUGUGGUUAACUAAAUGUAGGCUCGAGUUUGUAAAUGUUUAGUUUUGAUCAAUAUACAUAAACCAAGAUUCAUAUCAAUUACAACAACAAAACAUAACUCAUCCGUAUGAACUGUAGAAUAUCAUUUAUAUUCAAUAUUUGCCAAAUAGAACAGAAAAAAAAAAAAAAACAAAAUGUAAGCUCGAGUUUGUAAAUGGUUCCCUUCCCUCACCCAAUAGCUUUUUCUUGUGCCUCACUGUGGAAGCGCCCACUUUCGCCACAGUUAAGACCAGUCACAAGGGCAAAGUCUUGAGGAGCAUAACGGAUUGACUUCCCCACAAACAGCCACCAGAGCUCAAGUCCUUCUCAGUUACUAACUAACGGCUAUUCCAUAUGAGUAGAAUACUUUUAAACAAAUCUAUGCAGUGUGAACAGACAAAGAAACUACAGGUUGCGGUCAAUGGAAUGAAAAACAUCAGUCUAUAUAUGUAUGGUGUAACAUACAGAUGUACUAGAAUAGAAAUCAGUAGACUACACAUAGUGGAAUGAAAAAUAAAGAGCCAUUGGCCUCACAAAUUAGAUAACAUGUAACACGAGAACAACAAACUAGGGAACAAGUGGAUGUCUCACCGCGAAACGCUUUUUCCCGACAAAUUGACUAAUCGGAAGCAGUAAAAAAAUACUUACAAAAGUUACAAAAGCGAGCAAACAUAAACACUUAAUCAACCAUCAUCAUUUGUUUUUCCCUAUUUUACCAUACAUGAAACAAAAACGAAGUAGAUCAAACAAUAGGAACGGCCGAUUCAGCAAAAGACAUCAAUAUAUUUCAGCAGCUACACAAACAGGAACACUUAAUCAACCAUCCUACUUGAUUUCACCGAUUUACCCAGAUUCCAAAACAAACAAAAAACUUAAGAUCAGAACUUACGGUUCGUAUCGUAUUCUCACCGACUCCCGAUUCCGAGAAGCUGAGUCGCCGUACCAAGAAGAAACGAUGGAAUAAGUGAUUUUGAUCGGAGAGAAACACCAUAAACGUUGGCGGUGUAUAUGCGGUGCCCAAUUUUUGAUGAAGACUAUUAUUCACUUUCAUAUACCAAAAGAUGGUAAAGUUAAAAUGAGAGGGUGUGAAUAACGAAGGGACACGAGUUACUUUUUCACAGUGAGUAUCAAUCAUUUUUGUUUCUUUCUUUUGCAAGUUUUUCCGGUUAUUAUUGAGGGCAAUAUGACAAUAUUGUAUAAAAAAUGUGUCGGUGAAUUAGAACAUUUAGCAGAUAGUAAAUUAUUAAUUGUUUGUGUGUUAUACAAUGCAAUUUUCCUUAAAUUUACUAGACACUUAGACAGUAACUUGGCAGAAAACUGUCUAAUUUGUUUGCAAAGUCUUUUACCAUUAAAUUGUUUACAGUUUUUAGUUUAAAAUUUUUAGUUAUAUGUUAAGUAAAUUUAUGUUCAUGUGCAAAUAAAGUGACCAUAAAAAGUGAAACAUAAUUCUUCAAAAUAAACAAUAUAAAAAGAAUUACAUUUACAGAAUUAUCAUCUCCAUCAUGUAUACACGCAAUAAUCUAGGGGGGGGGAGAGAAAUAAUUAAUUCUUCAAAAAAAAAUUAAUCGAUUUAAUGAAAGUAGGUUUACUAAUUGGAAAGUAGGUUUACUAAUUGGACGGGCGUGGUAAAAGAUUAACACUAAACAAAGAUUUAGCUUUAGAUUUAAUGCGGUGGUUGCGAGGCUCCAGUUUGGCCUGGCGGCGACACAUUGGCUCUACUGCAUUAUGGUAUUGCACGUGUUCCAUUAUUUCAACUCCUUCAUAAUUUGCCUUCAGUUUUAUAUAUUUCCUUGUCGUGAAGUGGAUGGAAAUAAAAGAAAAAAAAACAAAAUAUACUAGUAGAUGACAUUAUUAAUUUAUUUGAGUAUUCUUAAUUAAAUUAAUUUUUGGUCUGUAGACAACCUGGACAUUUCAUUAAUAGUAGAAUUUUUACAGGGUUAUUAAAUAACUAACGUUACAUAUACAUUAGAAGAGCGAAGUCUAGUUAUUGGCUACUGCGUUUUUGCCAAUUGAUUAGCCGUCCUAUUAACAGACAGUACAUAGAACUAUAGAAGUUAAAAGCGGAAGAGGUCUAACUUCGCAUUGGAAUGUCUUGAUAAUAUGUAGUUGAAAAGUUUGAAACAGAUUAGCGUUCAUAAAUCUUGAUCGGUUCCAUUGAAAGAGACUAGAUAGCUCUGAAGUCAUGGCAGAGUAUUGUUCUCUUCAUGUAAAGGAUGGUAGGCACUAGGCAGGUUAUCAAAUGGUCCUCCCCAUCAGCUGAUCGCACGAAGGAGAAUGUGGAUUCCUCGAAGCUUCGAGAGAGAGAUAGUUCUCUUAGAUUGUUUUAAUAAUAAAGUCUUAAUGGUCGUGUAUCAAUAUUAUUAAACAUGUAGUCAUGGUGUCCGUGUCCUACUAAAGAAAAUAAAAUUGUAGAUUAUAUUACGUGUGCAUAUAUCUUCCGCAACCUUUUCUUAUUAGACAGACGUGAAAACUGGCCAUAAUAUGCGGAAAAUACAAUUAACAGGUUUUUGUAAUUAACUAAUUAUCAAUUUUCAUACAAGAAAAUAAAAUACUAAAAGAGACAAAGAAGUAACAGAUAUGAAGGCAACGAUAACGAUAGAACUAUAUUUAUUUAUAAAUACAAGAAAAGAGGAGACAGAACCCAAAAUUCAGACCCACUCGUUUCUCUCUCUCUCUCACUCACACUCAAAUGGAGUCAUCGCCGUCGUCCCCACCUUCAUCGCCUGGGAUUCUCAACCUCGACUCUAUCAGAGCUCUUAAAAUCCUCGGACAAGGCGCCACCGGAACUGUCUUCCUCGCACAUGACGUUGUUUCUGUCUCCCCUUCUUCUUCUUCCUUCGCCGUCAAGCUUGUCCACAAAUCGUCAGCCUCCUCUCUCCGCCGUGCACGGUGGGAAAUCGAGGUCCUCCGUCGUCUCUCCGUUGAAACGAACCAAAACCCGUUUCUCCCUCGUCUCUUAGCUUCCUUCGAGUCACCGGAAUUUUUCGUAUGGGCUGUCCCGUAUUGCUCCGGCGGCGAUCUCAACGUCCUUCUUCGCCGUCAAAACGACGGCGUUUUUAGCUCCUCUGUUAUUAGAUUCUACGUGGCUGAGAUCGUCUGUGCGCUUGAGCAUCUUCAUUCCAUGGGGAUCGCUUACAGAGACUUGAAACCAGAGAACAUAUUGAUUCAGCAAUCCGGUCACGUUACACUCACCGACUUCGACCUUUCUCGGAGCCUCAUGAAGCCCACCCGACCCGAAUUCUUUCAACCCGACCCGGAAUUGUGCACCGAUCCUAUAAAAAGUCGGAGCUUUUCUCGCUGGGUCUCGCCGGCGAAGUCAGAAAGCAAGAAAACGAGAUCCGCUCGGGUCAACCCGAUUACUCGCCGGAAAACUAGUUUUUCCUCCGGCGAUCGUUCAAAUUCCUUCGUCGGAACUGAUGAGUACGUCUCGCCGGAGGUAAUUCGCGGCGACGGUCACGACUUCGCCGUCGAUUGGUGGGCUCUCGGUGUUCUGACGUUCGAGAUGAUGUACGGAGAGACGCCGUUCAAAGGGAAGAGCAAGAAGGAGACUUUUCGAAAUGUGCUGGUUAAAGAACCUGAGUUCGCCGGAAAACCAAAUGAUCUCACGGAUCUUAUCCGGCGGCUGCUUGUGAAAGACUCGAGUAGGCGGUUAGGCAGCCGCCGUGGCGCAGCGGAGAUAAAGGAGCAUCCUUUUUUCGCGGGUGUGAGGUGGCAUUUGUUAACGGAAGUGUUACGACCUCCGUUUAUUCCGUUAAGAGAUGACGGUGAAUUAACGGUUGGUGGGUUUGAUAUAAGGGAACAUUUGGAGAAACUGAGGAUGACGGUGUCAUCAGCUCUUCCGUCACCGUUACAAUCUCCUUCGCACGUGUGUCGUAACAGCGAUUCGUUCAUUGAUUUCUGAUCCACGGGUGUGGAAUUAACACGUACAAAGUUGUAGAUACUUAUUUUUCUUAUGUGGUGUAAUUUUUAUUUUUUCUGGUUUUCGUUUAUAUGAAAAUCAUUGUUGAACUUUUUUUUGGUAUAUAGAAGACUUCGCUGCACAGUCCGAAGAAGAAACUAGCAAAUUUUAAAUAAAAAUAUCGCUUUUAAAAAGAUAAUUAUAAGGAAUCAUUAGUAUAGGAUGUCGUGGUAGAAAUAUAAAAA